GUAAGGUAGGUAUGGGGGUCCAGGUCGGGGACCUCUCCAGCCUCUAGGAGUCCAGGUGCAACCCCCCGUCCCGCUGCCGAGACCGAUAUAAUCGUAUUUCUGGGACAGCUAACGGCAAACGGGUCUCGUUGGCAGCUUUUGCUUGACUUGGCCGGUACAAGAGAGAGUGAGGUGAGGUCGGUUAACGGGCGAUGACAUGCCCGACUGGCACAUUCCCGACUUCUUCAAUGGCGCUUGCUGCAAAAAGGUUUCGUUUGUUGACUUUGUUCGUGUAUACCUACCAUCACGGCUGAUCAGUCACCGCCAUUACUCAACCGACUCUGUGUUCCGAGUCCGCGGAGCGAGCUCGAGAUCACCCACGAAAUCUACCCCCCCCCUCUUUCGCCCUUUCUAAUGGGCCUCUUCAACGGCCUGCGCCUCAGCGCGCGACGCCUCCUCCGCUCGCGCGGUCUCCGCAACCUCGUUCUUGUCUUCGCCGUGUACACCUUCCUCGACGCCCUGCGCGUGCAGCGCAUCGUGACGGGGGCACUGCGGCACGAUCCGACCCGGCCGCGGCGCACCGAGCGGGUGUACAUCGCCGGCAUGCACUACAACGACGCGGCUCUGAUUCGGGAACACUGGGCGGGCGCGGUGCUGGCUCUCGUCGACGCACUGGGGCGGGAUAACGUGUUCGUGAGCGUGUACGAGAGUGGGAGCUGGGACGACAGCAAGGCGGCGCUGCGGGCGCUCGACGAGGAGCUCGAGAGGAGAGGGGUGCGGCGGAACAUCGUGCUAGACGACAGAUCGCACCUCGAGGAGGUCGAGGCGGUGCCCGCCGAUGGUGAGGAGAGGGAGGGCUGGAUCCGGACGGCGAGGGGCCGGAGGGAGAUGAGGCGGAUCCCCUUCCUUGCGAGGUUGAGGAACCUGACGCUAAAGGACCUAUGGGCGCGGGGGGAGGAGGGCGAGGUUUUUGACAAGGUGAUAUUCCUCAACGAUGUUGUGUUUACGACCGAAGACGUCCUCGCCCUGCUCGACACCAACAACGGCCUCUACGCCGCGGCGUGCUCGCUUGACUUCUCGCACCCGCCGUCCUACUACGACACGUUCGCGCUGCGGGACUCGGAUGGGCAGGCGCACCUGAUGCAGACGUGGCCGUACUUCCGGUCGCGGCGGAGCAGGGAGGCGAUGACGGCAUACUCGGACGCCGUGCCCGUGCGGAGCUGCUGGAACGGCAUCGUGGCGAUGCCCGCCGCGCCAUUCCUGGCGGCGUCCCGGGAGAAAGGCGGCCGGGGAAGGUUGGCGUUCCGCGCCGUGCCCGACUCGCUGGCCGAGGAGAAGCACCUCGAGGCGAGCGAGUGCUGCCUGAUCCACGUCGACAACCCGCUGUCGGAGAGCCUCGGGGUGUACCUGAACCCGAGGGUGCGGGUCGGGUACUCGCCCGAGGCGUACGCGGCGACGCACCCGGAGCGCGACAGCUGGCUCUCGGUCUGGAGGAUCAUCGUCGGAGGCUGGGAGGCCGGUAUCAGGCGGUGGCUCACGAGCGACGCCAUCAAGGAGUGGGUCGUCAAGAGGAGGAUAAGGGAGUGGGAGGCCGAGGGGGAGGGGAGGCGGGAGAGGGGGGUCGAAUGUCUGAUCAACGAGGGUCAGGUCCUCGUGUACAACGGGUGGGCGCACGUGUGACGAGAUCGGAUGAAAGAUACCGUCUUCUUCUAGAUGUGUGUACGGGUAUACGUGUAAAAGUUGAGAUGGAAAACGUUAACCUUGGAUUACAAUGUAGCGCUUGUUGAUACACGUUGCCCCCUCCCA